AAACAGGGUGCUUGCUUGAUGGUACGUCAUUAACGCGCGCCGCCGUGUGUUCAAAAAGGUGGAUUCUUCUGUGCUGUCAACAUAAUGCCCGUUUAUGGGAGAUUUUAUUAUAAAUAAUUGGUAACUAUGCCCAAAAGUCUGAAAAAGUCGUGUACCACCCAGACGUCCAUUAGCCGGUACUUCGGGGGAUUGAGUAGCAGUAGUGUGCCAAAAACACAAGCUAAUUCUAAUCCUCCAAGAGGCAAGAAGCGUGCCUCCCAUCAUCAUUCUGACUCACCUUCCAAACAAGCCAGGCUCUCCCUUCAGGUUCAAGAGGAUGGAGACAUUGACACAGAUUCCACUCAGAGCUCUACAGACUCAAAGAGUCGAGGGCUGGGUGGUUUGUGCCGGUCCACUUUGGAGAGGCUGAAAGGCUUCACAUGCACGGCUGAUACUCAAGACAGCUGUGAUGUUGAAGUGAAGGAGGCAAGCGUUGGAAUCCAUGACGUUUGUCCUACAAUUGACAAAGGUCAACCUAGCGACAAGAGCGAAAUCAAAGAUGAGGACAGUUCAAAGCAGAUGUUGUGCUUCUCCCAGUUUGCCAAGCUAGUUGACAAAAGAGGGGCUGCUGGAAAAAGGGCCACAGAGCUCAUUCCCCCAUCAGACGGUGGCGCCGCCUCAAGACGCACCAAGAGUGUUUACACACCUCUAGAGCAACAGGUGAUCCAGCUGAAACAGCAGCACAAGAACGCCUUGUUGGCUGUGGAGUGUGGUUACAAGUACAGGUUCUUUGGGGACGAUGCUGAGAUUGCAGCAAAGGAGUUGAACAUCACCUGUCAUCUGGACCAUAACUUCAUGACCUGCAGCAUCCCUACACACCGUUUGUUUGUUCACGUCCGACGACUGGUGUCCCAUGGCCACAAGGUGGGUGUUGUCAAGCAGACUGAGACGUCCGCCAUCAAAGCGUCAGGGGCCAAUAAGAAUGCUCUGUUCACUCGGCAGCUCAGUGCGCUGUACACCAAGUCCACACUUGUGGGGGAGGAUGUAAACCCAGUCUGCAGACUGGAUGAUCAUGAGGAGGGUGGCGGUCAUGAUGCUGUGUUGGAACCUCCUGACAGCUUCCUGUUGUGUGUCAGUGAAAACUGGAACACGUUGAAGAAGCAGCUCACUGUGGGACUAGUGGCAGUUCAGCCCAUCACGGGAGAUGUCCUGCUGGACUCUUUCAUCGAUGGUCAGUCUCGCUCGGAACUUGAGAGCCGUGUCUUGAAGAUCAACCCUGUGGAGAUCCUGGUGCCCUCGGACCUCUCGGAGCCAACUCACAGACUCUUGCAGAGCAUCACUAAUGCCAGUGCUAAGGCUGACGACAAAGUGCGAGUUGAGAAGAGGGACAGCGCCUGCUUUGAGUUUGCCUCUGCAAUGAACACAGUCACUGAAUUCUAUUGCCACAACCAGGUUGAAGGCUGUCACUCUCUAUCCAGUGUGGUGUCCCUGGAAAGCCCAGUAAUCUGCUGUUUGGGACCUCUCAUCCAGUACCUUCAAGAGUUUAGCUUGGAGAGAGUGCUUAGGAGUGAAAGCUCCUUCCAACGUCUGAGUUGUGAGUCGGAGGGGAUGAUACUCAAUGCAGCCACCCUUAAAAACUUAGAAAUCCUCAACAAUCAGACAGAUGGGGAUGUGAGGGGCAGUCUGCUGUGGGUGUUGGAUCACACUCUUUCUUCGUUUGGGAGGAGGUUGAUGAGGAAGUGGGUGACCCAGCCGCUCACAAACAUACGGUCUAUCCUGGAGAGGCAGGAUGCAGUGCAGGAGAUCCUUGAUUCUGACUCCCAAACGUUAAAUUCCACAAAAUCCCUGCUGACCCAUUUGCCUGAUCUGGAGAGAGGACUUUGCUGCAUAUACAACAAAAAGUCCUCAACACAGGAGUUUUACCUCAUCAUUAGCAGCCUUUGUCGCUUGGCUCGGCAACUGCAGGCACUGCUGCCGGCUAUCAGAGCAGAGAUAACCUCUGAGCUGAUUCAAGGACUCCUGGUGGACGUCCCGGACUUGUUGGAGCCAGCCCAUGACUUCCUGAACGUGCUUAAUGAAAAAGCGGCCAAGUGUGGGAAUAAAACUGAGCUGUUCUCAGAUCUGUCCAGCUUCCCAGUGCUGCAGGAUAGAAAAGAUCAGAUCCAAAGUGUUUUAGAGGAGAUUCAAAACCAUCGCAAAUACGUCAGACUGGCACUCAAGGCCCCCACCAUGGACUACACCACUGUGUCGGGACUGGAGUUCCUGAUUGAGGUGAAGAACUCACAGUCAUCCAUCGUUCCUCAUGACUGGGUCAAAAUCAACAGCACCAAAACAGUCAGCAGGUAUCAUUCUCCAUUUCUAGUGGAGCGCCUCAAGAAGCUGCUGCAGCUCCGAGAACAGCUGCUGCUGGACUGCCAGAAGGAGUGGACCACAUUUAUGGAUGAGUUUGGGGAGCACUAUCACACCAUGAAAAGGGCUAUUAGUCACCUAGCAACCAUGGACUGUCUUUUCUCAUUGGCUGAGGUGGCCAAACAAGGGGACUAUUGCAGGCCAGAGGUGUGCGACAGUGAACGUCAGAUUGUCAUCAGGGAUGGCAGGCACCCAGCUAUAGGCCUACUAAUGGGACAGCACAGUCAGUUUGUGCCAAACUGUACACAACUGCAGGGUGAUAGAAAGAGAACAAUGAUCAUCACAGGUCCAAACAUGGGCGGGAAGAGCUCCUAUAUUCGCCAGGUGGCUCUCAUCUGUGUAAUGGCACAGAUGGGCUCCUACGUGCCAAGCUCUGAGGCCCGUCUGGGCAUUUUGGACGGCAUUUAUACCAGAAUGGGAGCGUCCGACAACAUCUACAAAGGGCGCAGCACCUUCAUGGAGGAGCUGAUGGAGGCGUCAGAGAUUAUUUCCCACGCAAGUGAGCGUUCCCUGGUCAUCUUGGACGAGCUUGGUCGGGGCACCAGCACCCACGACGGCAUCGCCAUAGCCUAUGCUACCCUUGAGUACUUCAUCCGAGAUGUGAAGUCUCUCACCCUGUUUGUGACCCAUUACCCUCCCCUGUGUGAGCUGGAGAGGAUGUAUCCACAAUGUGUGGCCAACUACCACAUGUCCUUCCUACUCAAUGAACCUAAUGAGGCCACUGACAAGGAUGGUAUGUACUAUGAAGAGAUUCGACCACAGUUCAUCACCUUCCUCUACCAGUUAAGCGAAGGAGCUGCAGCGAGGAGCUAUGGCCUUAAUGUCGCCCGCUUGGCUGACAUCCCAAUAUCAAUAAUACACACUGCGGCCCUUAAAGCCCGAGAGCUGGAGGACACAGUCAACAAGCGAAGGAAAAAUAAGAAGUUACUGACAGAGCUUUGGAGCAUCACAGAUAAACCCUCUCUGACCGAGUGGCUGAAGUCUACUUCCUGACACCCUCGCAACUAAAUACACAAUCAGGACAUAGAUGUGCACACAAAUCAGAUGCCAAAGUGUGCAUAUUUUUUUAAGCAUCUCAGGCUGUUUUAAUGUGGUGCUAUCCCCAAAUAAACAAUAGUGUAA